AUGCCGCUUCAGUCGAAUUAUAAAAUGAGGACUGCAGUCAUAGCUGUUCUGUUUGUUUACACUGUCAAUGUCCUCUGUACGGAGAAGAAAGUGGACAAGCUCCAAAUAGGCAUCAAGAAGAGAGCGGAGAACUGCGAUCUGAAGUCGAGGAAAGGAGAUGUGCUGCAUAUGCACUACACUGGUACUUUACUGGAUGGAACAGAAUUUGAUUCGAGUCGUACCCGAAAUCAGGAAUUCACAUUCACUUUAGGGAUGGGCCAGGUACUUUGCUGCUAA